AUGAGGUUAACAGCAGAAGCAAGUGGAUUUGUCGUCCUUCUCCUGACUGUACCAGUGGUACAGAGUCAGAAUGGCUGGGGAGUGACUUACAAUCCAACUCAGAUCUGUGCCUUAAAAGGAUCAACAGUGGACAUAAAAUGUACCUACACAUAUCCAUCCAGCUUAAAUAAUCAUGAUACCAAAGUUCAGGAAACAUUCUGGUUUACGAAAGAGAGUAAUAACGUUUAUGUGGAUCUGAAAACGGACUCAAAGUAUUCAGGUCGUGUGGAGUAUAUUUGUCAGAACAAACGCUGCACUCUGAGAAUCACAGACCUGAGAGAGAGCGACUCAGCUGAGUACAAGUUCAGGUUCAUAACAAACCAACCAGGUGGGACAUAUACUGGUUUACCUGGAGUCACUCUGUCUGUCACAGAUCUCCAGGUGCAGGUGAGCAGAUUACAGGUCUAUGAGUCUUAUAACACGGCAGAGCUGACGUGUAACAGCAGUUGUCUUCCACCUGGUCAUCAUUACUACAUCUGGUACAAGAAGAACAAGCCCAUUUCGGAACAAACAUCUAAUUCUUAUUCAGCCUCCUUUGAUCCUGCAGACAGUUUUUCCUGUGCUGUACGAGGAUAUGAGAAGUCUUGCUCUCCUUUAGUGUAUGCUCCAAAGCUUCCCUCUGUCUCAGUGAGUCCUUCUGCUGAGAUAGUGGAGGGCAGUUCAGUGACUCUGACCUGCAGCAGUGAUGCUAACCCAGCAGCUAAACACACCUGGUACAAGGAGAACCAAACUCUGCUCAGUAAAGAACCACAGCUUGUCUUCAGCUCCAUCCAGUCCUCUGACUCUGGAGAGUAUUACUGUGCAGCUGAGAACCAGCUGGGGAGGAAGACAACUAAAUACAUCAUUAAUGUGAAAUAUGCUCCAAAGCUUCCCUCUGUGUCAGUGAGUCCCUCUGCUGAGAUAGUGGAGGGCAGUUCAGUGACUCUGACCUGCAGCAGUGAUGCUAACCCAGCAGCUAAAUACACCUGGUACAAGGAGAACCAAACUCUGCAUCAAGGCCAAGAAGGAAGUUAUUAUUUCAACUCCAUCAGCUCUGAGGACAAAGGAAUCUACUAUUGUAUGUCUGAGAACCAGUAUGGGCAGAUCAACUCUACAUCGCUAUUGUUAAAUGUCCAGUAUGCUCCAAAGCUUCCCUCUGUGUCAGUGAGUCCCUCUGCUGAGAUAGUGGAGGGCAGUUCAGUGACUCUGACCUGCAGCAGUGAUGCUAACCCAGCAGCUAAUUAUACCUGGUACAAGGAGAACCAAACACUGACUCAAGGACCAGAAGGAAGUUAUUAUUUCAACUCCAUCAGCUCUAAAGACACAGGGAUCUACUACUGCAAGUCUGACAACAGAUAUGGACAGAUCAACUCUUUAUCUCUAUUGUUAAAUGUCCAGUAUGCUCCAAAGCUUCCCUCUGUGUCAGUGAGUCCCUCUGCUAAGGUAGUUAAGGGCAGUUCAGUGACUCUGACCUGCAGCAGUGAUGCUAACCCAGCAGCUAAUUAUACCUGGUACAAGGAGAAUGAAGACUCACCAAAAGCAUCAGGACAGAACUUCACCAUCACUGUUGUCAGACCUGAACACAGUGGGAAAUAUUACUGUGAAGCCCAGAACAAAAGAGGACGUCAUAACUCCACCCUGCAUCUGACUGUUGUGGCAGGUUUAUGGAAAUUAGCAGUCUUUGGAACAACCCCUGCUGUUUUCCUGGCUAUCAUAUGGCUCUCUGUCCUCCUACUGAUAAAGAAAAAGACAUCCUCCAAGCAAUCAUCGGAGCCUGGAGAUAGACCAGACGACAGGGAACAGGAUGACCUUCAUUAUGCCAGUUUCCACUUCUCCAAUAAUCAGACAGAUCCUGUCUACUCCAACAUCAUACCAGCUGUCCCCCGAAGACAAAAGGAGGAAGAGGAGGAGGAAGAACUUGUUGAGUACGCUGCUGUCCAAUUUAACAGUGCCAGUACUGCCCCAAGGACCAGAAGUCAGGAAACUGUGGAGGAUCCAGCUGCAUUGUACAGUACAGUCAACAAAACUGCUGAACACAACCGGAACGUCUAAUCUGUGCUUUCUGUCAUUUUCAUCUGUGAGAGCAGCAUGGGUCUAGGGAUGGCAAAGUUAGUCGGCUGGUUGGUUUGGCGGUCAAUUGGUUCGCCACUUUGGUCCAGACUGAAAUAGCUCAACAACUACUUCAUGGAUUGCCAUAAAAGUGUUUACUGACAUUUUGAUCCCAAGAGGUGAGGACUGGUUAACACGAUUGUCCCUGAAGGGAAAUUUGGCUUGGGCACAGUGCAUUGUUUCCUCAUAAAAUCACAAAAAACACAUCACAUUACAUCAACAAGUAUCUGAGAAUCAUUGACAUGUUGUAGUACUUCAUAAGAGGAAAACAUAAAAACGAAGAAAAAGGACAUUGUUAACAACACAGUGCCAUGGAUUAAAGCGCAAGCGCUUAUGUACUAGUGCGGUUAUUGCACGUUGCCCUAUUGCACCGAGGAUGCAGACUUUGGUGAUCCCCAGACUUUAACCCUGCACCACAACCAUGGUGACAUGUUUUUUGUUUGUGACAUGUUUUGACAACUAUUGAAUGGAUUGUCAUUUGGUACAAAUAUUCAUCUUGCCCUGAGGAUAAAUCUUAAUGGCUUUGGGGAUUUCCUGACUUUUCAUCUGUCUAUCAAAAAUAUCUAAACUAAUUUCAUGAAAUGUGUUAUUUGCUUCUUUGGUUUAUGACCAAAUCCCUGAAAAAUGAAUGACAUUCUCAGCAGCCUCAGCUGUACUUUCUGUUUAGUGCUGAUUAACAAAUGUUAGAAACUAACACAACUAACAUGGUGAAUAUGAUAAACAUUAUACCUGCUAAACAAAACUAGAACCCACUUGUAAAAACAUUUCUCCAUAAUGUGGUCAAAAACUCUGCAGGAUACAUUUUAACCUUAUUUAAAGAUUAAUGUCACAUACCAAACAUUAUCAUAAUUCUUCCACAGUAUGGCUUCAAACAUACUGUAUCUCUGUAGUACUGUAUCACAUGCUUAACAGGAGGUAAGCUUGAAAUUAUAAUUUUUUAUGCGUAUUAUUAAAUUUGCUAUUUAAAAGCACAUCGGGAGAGAUAGUAAGAGGAGAGAGGGACAUGCAUUAGGUGAUCUUGUUGUAAUUUCAUACUGUUGCCACUAGAUUGUAGUCAAAAGCCAUAUUUUAAAUCCCAUAAAGUACAUUUCUCUCUUAUCUGUGUAAACUGUCUAUUUUCACCUCAUUGUUACUCCCCUCUUUUUUUGUUUUUUUUCCCAGUUCCAUUAGCACAAUAUCACAAUAAUUGUUAUUUCUACUCCAUUAUUA